AUGGCCAUUGUCGCAGAGGAGCGCUAUUUAAGCGCCUAUCUCGAGACUUUGCUGGACCAACAGGGGGGCCUGCGCUCAAAUUUAGUUCCAAUAAGUUGGAAAGAAGCAGCAGCCGCGGAACUCCGUAAACUUCACGAAGCCAGAGCGUUUAAUGAUCAGAUUCGGCAGGAAAUCUUCCGACACAGCGCACUCUUUCGGAGCUGCACGACCGUGAUCCCAGAGACGAUGCCAUAUCGUGCAGGUUUAAACAUGCACAGCUUCCUCCAUGCAGUCACGGAGCUACCCCAGCAUCUUCAGGCUCGCACUCGGUACCUUGACGCGGUUUGUACUGACGCCAAAUUGGAUCUGGCGAAGGAAAUCCUCCUCACUGAGACGAAGAGCACUCGCCCGUUCACGACGCCAACUUUCUCAUGGGAGGCGCUGGGUCUGGGAUCGUCGGCUUUUGGGAUCACUUCAGUUGCUGUGUAUGCAAUAGACGCAGCGAGCGCUUGCAAAACAUUUCAAGCUGCUCGGAACGCCAUCGUGAACUGCGCCGUCAUCUGGCCGGGCUACUCGCUGAUGAGCUCCUCAGUGAAGCAACUGGAAGUGCUGUCCACAAAGUUCAAGAUCCGCUACGACGUGAGCGAGCACCGCUUUCAGGGCGGAAGCUCUGGCGAGCAAGUCUUCCUGAAAAGCCGGGAUAUCUCCUACGGCCGCGUUGGAAGCGCAGGCAGUGUUCUGCUGUGGGAUUGCGUGGACGAAGACGCGCUGUACCCACUCAAGAAGACCACGGCCGUCACGCGCAGCACCGUUGGGGCGCUCCUGGUUAGGCCAGAACGGUGCGACGAUGGAGUCGAGCGCGUUGUCUGCUGGUAUAUUUGCACCAAGAUCCAUCGGAUGCAUUCAACGGAGCUCCCGCCGGACGUCAAGCGCUUCUCACGCUCCAGCCAGCUCGGUGCGAAAGUCGCAGACUCGAUGGUGUACGAGGCGAUCAAGGGCAUCGCAGCGCUGAGCACAGCCUAG